GUUAUUGAAUAUACAGAGUCAUAUAAUUAAUCCUUUAAUUUUGAAACAACUCUUUUUCAACAAAACAAUUCAUUAAUAUAAAUAAUUUCUUAUACCAUGAAAAAUGAAGGUGUUAGGAGUAAUAGAUAAUUAAGAAGGGGAAAAAAAAAGAGGCUAAACCCCAAAAUACAAAACCCCUGAGUGAGAGUGACCAGAUAAGGAAGCCAUCCAAAAUAUACUUUCCUCCUUCCUUGAUUCAACUUCAUUUUCUCCGGCGAGCCGGCGAAAAGAUGGCGAACAUGAGAACGGCAAUGGAUGCAGCAUUUUGGGACCUCAACAUUUCUACACCAAGAGUCCUAGACGGAACGGCCAGGUCAAUUCCAGGGGAACCAAUACCCCUUGAUGGUACCAAAGCUAGUAGAGCCCUAAGAAUCCAACAACUUUCUCUUCUCGGAAAUGGCUUUCCUCUAGGAAUUAUUCCUUCCUUUUCUCCUACUAAUAAGGAAUUGGGCUCUUUCGCGCUUCAGUCCCUCUUGUUUAAAACCGCCACUUCUAACUGGUGGCUUGCAUUCACGGGUCAGUUUCGGCCAAAGAAACUGAUAUCGGAUAUUAAAACUGAUUUGUCCAAUGUGGACGAAUGGGAGCUGCCAGUACUAAAAGACAUUGGCAAGCAUUUCUUGGAGAAGUCACUUUAUGCCCUUGGUGUAUGCGCACAGCUAUCUCUGACACCUUCUUCUUCUCUGUUAUUGAGCACAGAAAAACAUGGCGAAAAGAGAGGACCCCGUUCGAGGGCCAUGCUCUUUCAUAAGCUUCCUGAUCACGACAUUACUUUGGAAGCAGCAUGGCCUGAGCUAUAUAUAGACCAUAAAGGUAGAUAUUGGGAGGUCCCAGAGUCAAUAUCCUUGGACUGCUCAUCGCUAGUUUCCGAGAAUGGACUGCGAUACCGUUUUGGUUUACAUAAAAGUAGUGGCCAUCCUCGGGCUGUUGAUAAUAUUACGGAUGAGCCACCGCACAGUCUGAUGCAAGGAAUAUGUGGAAAAGCAGCCCUUUCUUAUGAGAAGAGCAAAGAUUUCUGGAGAAUCAAGGAAAAGAAAGAGGACGUCAUUAUCGAGACAGAUAAGGGACGGAUUUAUAACCCUUCUUACGAUAUUCGUCUUAGAGAGCCUCAUGCAGCAGUAUCUGGAAUUAUUGGGGGAACUGUUGAGGCAUGGCUCAAAAAUGGUAGCAACAGUUCCUCGGAUUCAAGGCAUAGAAGUCCCUUUGGAGUUGAUUUGUUUGGUUCCCUUUGCUAUACUUUUCAACAUGGUAAAUUCAGAAAGUCUUUUGGAGAUCUCACAAGGGUAGAUGCUCGUCUAGAUGUCUCAUCUGCUUCAACAUUAGCCAAACAGGUUUCAAAAGUCUUCAGAGAAGUAUCAGCUGAUGAUGCAAGAGACGUGCUCUCUUCACCCAGGCUCAGUUUGAUACUUCAGCAGCAGGUUGCUGGGCCAAUAGUGUUUAGAGUAGAUUCAAAGUUUUUGCUCAAUUCACCAUCUGGCAGGCCUGGCGUACAAUUGGAGGAUUUCUUAUGCAGUUUAAAUUACUCAUUAAAGCUUCUACAGUCUGGGAAAGUGGUAGCAUGGUAUUCUCCCAAGAGGAAAGAGGGAAUGAUUGAGUUGCGCUUAUUUGAGUUUUAGAACUUUCAUAUUGAACGCGUUGUAGUCUCGGAGUUCUUCUCACAAAUACUGAGGUUAUUAUUUCUCAGCAAAUGAACCUUAGCCAAUUUUUGUUCGUUCCUUAAUACUAUUCCCUCAGUUCUAGAUGUGUUAAAA